AUGGCUUUCAACUCACUGGUGGCGUCCUUAGCCCUCGUAGGGAGUAGUCUUUCGUUCCUAGCAACCUCGAGCGCUUUAAUCUUGAUUGGUCUUCACCAUACUCGACGCCGGUCUCUACGACACACCCUCGUCCUUAACCUCAUGUAA